GAGGGCAAUUCGAAUAGCGUUGCCCCGCAGCGUAGCCUGAGCUCUCCCAGCAACCGGUUGAUCCUUCGUCAAAAGACCUCGGUACCCUUGUCCAGUGAGGAGGCAGUCGUGGAGGAGUCGACCAAAGUGCUAGAACAACAGUCGGUGCCGAACAAACGGGUGAACGAGGCUCUGGUAUUUCUGCACCGAGCCAAGGCAUCGACUCUGACAAAUGGCGCAAUAGCCUCGGGCCACUUCGAAACAAACUUGGCCGGUGCGAAGAAGCAAAAGAGCGUCGCCUGUAUGCUAGCCAACCUUGCCGGUGGGCAUAGUCCCAUGAAAGGGAUGAGACAGAAGCCAUUUUCCUCAUCCUUAUGUCUGGCUGGCCACCGCACCGACUUUGCGCUGUCCAGCCGAAUUGAGCAAUGCACCGAUUCCCACAUCCAAGACGUCUGGUCCACCGAAAAUACGACAAGUCCAAUUCCAAUAAGCCCCAAACUCCGACAAAAUGGGAGAGUCUUUUUCGACACUUCCGCGCGCCGUGCUGCCCUACUUUCUAGCGCCGGGAGGCUUGCCAACCGAUCCGGCCCUACUCGCAUGACUCGGCCUGCUUGGGGUCAACCGAGUCAUCAAACAACGCCAGUUUUCAACCCUCGCGGUGAACUUUGUCCUCCUGUCUUCGUGACCUGGGAGCCCGUGGGCUACCUGGAGGCGGGAGUUGGCGCAGAUGAUGGUGAUCAGGCUUCGUCAUCUUUGUCGCUUUCGCUCAACAGCACGCAUGCCCCACUCCUCCAUCACAACUCGCAAGGACUUUUCGCGACAGAGCAUCAUUCUUCUCUCUGCAAAACAGAAGCGGCAUCAGCAUCUCUGUCUCCACCGUUGUCGGGCCCGAUAGUUGGCCGUAGCAACGUGAUUUCCAGCCCAAGGACUGCCAGAUUAGGAAAGUCACCUAAUUUAAGCUAUCGCCAGCAACAGCAGCACCACUUUCCUCAAGCUCCUGCCUACCAGACUCGGAUUCCGACACCGCCUAGAGCCCCCACCUCAGUUCCCCCUCUGGCCAUCAUCGAGGAUUCUGGCCUUCAGGCCACUGACAGCUCGACCGAAGGCUAA